GGGGCGGGGCGCAGGGAGCCUGAAAUGAAAGAAGGCGCGAGGUCCUGGAUUCCCAGGAGCAGGAGAGAUCAAGUAAAGGACAAGGAGGACGUUCCUGGAGUUGCACAUGGUCAUUUCGUGGGACAUCCUUCACCUGAGACUGAGAUUUCUGAACAGAGAUUUAGGGCAGAUCCAGAAGAAACUAUAAACAGAACAUCCCAGUUACUGGGCAUUUUCCAAAUUGGAAGAAAAUGACGAAGGCCCAGGGAUCACUGACCCUGAAGGAUGUGGCCGUGGACUUCACAAGGGAGGAGUGGCAGCUCCUGACCCCUGCCCAGAAGGCCUUGUACCGGGAGGUGACGCUGCAGAACUACAGCCACCUGGUGUCCGUGGAAAUUGAGAAAGUGGCUGGUCUUGUGCAGCUGCACUGGCAAAACCAAAAUAUGCCGCAGAGGAUGGAACAGUGUUAUGGACAGGAUGCAUUUGGGAAUAUUAUUCAUUGGAGCAAAAAUUGUUUUCCUUUAAAGCCAAAUCAUGAUGUAUUUGAUUUACAUGGAAAACCUUUGAAACCAUAUUUAGAUGCAAUCAGCCAGAGCAGUCGCUUUGACCCAGAAGAGCCUGCUGAGCUUGCUGCAGAGGGAAGAGCCUUGCUUCAUGCUAGUCGUGAGCAAACUCAUCCUGAACUUGAACAUCAGCAAAUACACAAAACAGAGAACACCUAUGAAUGUGCUGAAUGUGGAAAAGCCUUCCUCAAGAAGUGUCGGCUCAACGAACAUAAGAGAAUUCAUACAGGAAAGAAACCCCACGGAUGCAGUGUGUGUGGGAAAGCUUUCUCCAAGAAGUUCAAGCUCACUGAACAUGAGCGAUCUCACAAAGGAGAGAAACCCCAUGAGUGUGGUGAGUGUGGAAAAGCCUUCCUCAGGAAAUUUCAGCUUACGGAACACCAGAAGACUCAUACGGGAAAUAAACCCCAUGUGUGCGGUGUAUGUGGGAAGGCAUUCUACAGAAAGUCCAAGCUAAUUGAGCACCAGAGAACUCACACAGGAGAGAAGCCUUAUGAAUGUACUAAUUGUGGCAAAGCCUUCUGCAGGAAGCGAGAACUCAUUGUACAUCAGAGAAACGAAAGAGGAGAGAAACCCCACGGGUGCAGUGAGUGUGGAAAGGCUUUUUCCACAAAAACGCAGCUCAUUCUGCAUCAGAAAACUCACACAGGAGAGAAACCUUACACAUGCAGUGAAUGUGGAAAAGGUUUCAUUCAGAAGGGCAAUCUUAAUAUCCACCAGCGAACUCACACUGGAGAGAAGCCCUAUGGAUGCACUGAGUGUGGAAAGGCCUUCAGCCAGAAGGCCUGCCUCAUCGCACAUCAGCGAUUUCAUACAGGAAGGACUCCCUUUGUCUGUACCGACUGCGGAAAAUCCUGUUCGCAGAAAUCAGGACUCAUUAAACAUCAGAGAAUUCACACAGGAGAGAAGCCCUAUGGGUGCAGUGACUGUGGGAAAGCCUUCACGACAAGGACAACGCUGAUUGUCCAUCACAGAACUCACACAGGAGAGAGACCCUAUGGAUGCACCGAGUGUGGGAAGGCUUUCUCUAACAUAUCCUACCUGGUUAAGCAUAAGAGGACACACACAAGAGAGCAACAUAGUGUGUGUGCAGGAGAGAAACCUUAUGAAUGCAGUGAAUGUGGUUAUGCCUUCAGUGAGCAGCUUGGUCUCAGUGACCAUCAAAAAACUUAUCCAGGAAAGAAACCACAUCAGUGCAGUGAGUGCGGGAAAGCUUUCUCCAGGAAGGCACAGCUCGUUAGACAUCAGAGAACUGAAAGAGGAGAGAAACCCCACAGAUGCAGCGAAUGUGGGAAAACGUUCAUGAGGAAGAUUCAGCUCACCGAGCAUCAGAGAACUCAUACGGGAGAGAAACCCCACGAAUGUACUGAAUGUGGAAAAGCCUUUUCCAGGAAGUCACAGCUCAUGGUACAUCAGAGAACUCACACGGGAGAGAAACCCUAUGAGUGCGGCGAAUGUGGGAAAGCCUUCAGCCGGAAGUGCCGGCUCAGUAGACAUCAGCAAUCUCACACUGGAGAGAAGCUCUACGGAUGCAGUGUGUGUGGGAAAGCCUUUUCCCAGAAGGCCUACCUCAUUGCACAUCAGAGACUUCACACAGGAGAGAAGCCUUAUGAAUGCAGUGAAUGUGGGAGAACCUUCUUUUUUAAGUCAGACCUGACCAAGCAUCAGAGAAUUCAUACGGGAGAGAAACCUUACGAAUGCAGUGACUGUGAAAAAGCCUUCCGAAGCAAGUCCAAGCUCAUUCAGCAUCAGCGAACUCACACUGGAGAGAGACCGUAUGCCUGUGGUGAAUGUGGCAAAGCCUUUGCCCACAUGUCCGUCCUCAUCAAACAUAAGAAAACUCAUAUGAGAGAGAAAGCUCUCAAUUCAUUGAAGGUGGAGAAACCUUCCUCGGGGAGUCAUAGCUCUUUAUACAUGAGUGACCUGGUCCAGGAGCAAAAGGCUAUGAACACAGUGCCUGCAGAAAUGUCUUCUUUGGAAACUCAUCCCUCGUUAAACAUCGGCGAGCUCCUCGGGGCCAGAAACGUAGUGAUUGUGCAGCAGCCUUUUCCACGAAGUCAAGCCUCAGUAGCUAAUCGGGAAUUUACAGAGGGAGCGAACCUUGCAGGUGCAAUGAAUGUGACAACCCCUUCAGUAAUAAAUUAUGUCUUAUGUGUCACAGAUAUCGCAUAG